CCUCCACUCACAUCCGUUUGCCUGCAUAGAAAAGGGACUUGGUGAAAACUGUAACGAUGUCAGUGCAGGUUGUGGCAGCAAAAAUGGCAGAGGUCGAACUCAAAGACGUCGUCAAAGAACUACCCGCCGACUCUCCGGUUACCCCGACGUCGGAAGGACUUAUCGCCAGGAACUACGCGCGGGAGGCCGGUUCCUCCACCGCAACGUCCCCGAGCGCGGAGCCCUCCGUCAAAGCCGGGGAAGGCAGCCCGGGCUUGCUCGCCCCGAAUCCCACCAAGAUGCCUCAGGCGUCGGCUAUGAAGCGGCCGGACCCACAGCAGAACGGCGGCGAGGCGUUUGUCAAUCGGGACGGCACCGUGGCCGAGGCCCCGCGGAUGAAAAAGAUCCAGUUCGCAGACCAGAAGCAGGAGUUCAACAAGCGGCCCUCCAAGAUCGGCCGCCGCUCUUUGUCGCGCUCCAUCUCGCAAUCGUCCACAGACAGCUACAGCUCAGCUGCGUCGUACACGGACAGCUCCGAUGACGAGACGUCGCCUCGGGACAAACAGCAGAAGAACUCCAAGGGCAACGGCGACUUCUGCAUCAAAAACAUCAAGCAAGCCGACUUCGGACGCCGGGAGAUCGAGAUAGCCGAGCAAGAGAUGCCAGCCCUCAUGGCUUUGAGGAAGCGAGCCCAGGGUGAGAAACCCCUCGCCGGCGCCAAAGUGGUGGGCUGCACCCACAUCACCGCCCAGACUGCUGUGCUGAUGGAGACUUUGUCAGCUCUGGGGGCUCAGUGCAGGUGGGCGGCCUGCAACAUCUACUCCACCCAAAACGAAGUGGCAGCCGCUCUGGCAGAAGGAGGUUUCAGCGUCUUUGCAUGGAAGGGCGAGUCCGAGGACGAUUUCUGGUGGUGCAUCGACCGCUGCGUCAACGUGGAAGGCUGGCAGCCCAACAUGAUUUUGGACGAUGGCGGCGACCUGACACACUGGAUCUACAAAAAGUACCCCAACAUGUUCAAAAAAAUCAAGGGCAUUGUGGAGGAGAGUGUCACCGGUGUGCACAGGCUUUACCAGCUGUCCAAGGCCGGGAAGCUGUGCGUCCCCGCCAUGAACGUCAACGACUCCGUGACCAAGCAGAAGUUUGACAACCUCUACUGCUGCAGGGAGUCCAUCCUCGACGGUUUGAAGAGGACGACUGAUGUCAUGUUCGGAGGCAAACAAGUGGUGGUGUGUGGCUAUGGCGAGGUGGGGAAAGGCUGCUGCGCCGCCCUCAAAGCCAUGGGCGCCAUCGUUUACGUGACAGAGAUCGAUCCCAUCUGCGCCUUGCAGGCUUGCAUGGACGGCUUCCGGCUGGUGAAGCUCAACGAAGUCAUCAGACAAGUGGACAUUGUCAUCACCUGCACCGGCAACAAGAACGUGGUGGUGCGAGAGAACUUGGACCGCAUGAAGAACAGCUGCAUCGUCUGCAACAUGGGCCACUCCAACACCGAGAUCGACGUGGCUAGUCUGCGGACGCCCGAGCUGACCUGGGAGCGAGUGCGCUCGCAAGUGGACCACGUCAUCUGGCCCGACGGCAAGAGGAUAGUCUUGCUGGCCGAGGGUCGCUUGCUGAACCUCAGCUGUUCCACCGUGCCCACGUUUGUGCUCUCCAUCACGGCCACCACCCAGGCCUUGGCUCUGAUCGAGCUCUACAACGCUCCAGACGGACGCUACAAGCAAGAUGUUUACCUUCUGCCCAAGAAGAUGGAUGAGUACGUGGCCAGCCUGCAUCUGCCAACGUUCGACGCGCACCUCACCGAGCUGAGCGACGAGCAGGCCAAGUAUCUGGGCUUGAACAAGAACGGACCCUUCAAGCCGAACUACUAUAGGUAUUAAAGAAGUUUGACGGCGGGGCCAAGAGGAGACGGCAGCACUCCCCAAAGCGCACAGAACCUACAAGGCUGUCAAGGUGGAAGGGGGGGGGGGCGGUUCUCAGGCCGUGCCUGAGGGGGCAAACGUUUAAUUUAUUCCAACUUGUUAAUAUCGGCAAAAAAAACAAAAACAAGGAGGGCGGCUCCUUCUCUUCUCGGCCGCCCGCUCGCUCCCCGGAAAGACUUUUUGCCCCUUUUUGUUUUUAGCUGCGCGUCGCCAUCCUCCCCUCCCAUCGCCAUGCCUUUUUAUCAUUUCAACAAAUGUGACAAUAUAUAUCCUAUAUAAGAAAAAAAUGUGAUUUAAAAAGGAAAAAAUAGAAUGAAGAUGAAAUUUUGUGUUUUUCCCUUCCCCUGUUAUUUUUGUAAUUAUUCUUUUAUACUUUGUUUUAUUCUUAUUUUAUUCUAGGGGGGGGGGGGGACGAUCCAUUUGAUUUUUUUAUUUUUAAAGUAUUUCUUAACACACGGUCGGUUCCGCCUCAUUUACUAGUAGUCCAUUUUUAAAAGGCAGAUUAGAUUUUUCCGGCCGUCACUCAAACUGCCUCUCGGCUUCCAGAUGCUCACACGUCUUUGGCAUUUUGGAGAUCAACUUUAUUUUGGACCAUAAUGUAUUCAAAGUGAUCAUUACAUAUUGUAUAGUUACAUAUUUGUAUAGAAACGACAAAUUUUCUACAUUUCUCUCCCUCGCAUUGUCUUCGAUCAUUUCAUUGAGAUAAGCAAUUAAAUGUUCUAAUUAUAUGUGUAAUAAAUGUACAUAUAUGAAUGAAUACUGUGAUUAUAUUAACGAAGAUACCAAAUUAUACUGAAAGUUGGCUUGGGAACUAAAAGGGUCCGAAUUUGAUUUUUAAAAAUUCUUCUUUGGGAAGCAGCGUCCCUUUCCUGCUUUUCUUUCUGCUCAAAUUCGAAAUGCGUGCGUUCGUGUCCUUUGUGCUGUACUGAAUCUUCUCCAUCGUAUGAGCUACCAAGUGUGUGGCCUUGAGAGACUGCUGACGAUAAUGUGUGUGUGUGUGUAUAUGUGCUUCAUAAACAGCUGCCUCAGGAUCCAAGCCUGUGCAUUUGAGGGUGGGAGAAUUUCUGUUUUUGUCAGCCUCAAACUGACCUUUGACCCCGAGGGUAGUUGGGCAGGGGUGACACCAGCAUCGUGUAUGUAUAGAAUAUACACAUUCUAUAGGACAGCCUUUAUAAAUCUUAGGAAAAUCAUCUCAUGUAUUUAUUGUUGUAAAAAAAAAAAAAAAGUGUUAAAUUCCCAAACCUCUCUUGUCCAUAAAGGACGCAAA